AUGACAGGGCAUCCGUUGAAACGCAGCUUUACAGCAGCAAGUCUGGACUAUCUGGGGGCACGGUAUGUUGGUGCAGGCCCCGAAGCAUGCAGCUACACAACACAAGCCAUAAAGAUCCCUAUGACCGAUGGCGUUAAGCUGGCCGCUGACUUCUACGCACCUGAAUUGCCCAAAAACCGUAAGCCUGCGGGUCUAAUUAUGAUCCAGUGCUGUUAUGGUCGAGGCUCAGGAAUCUCGUUCAUUAACGCCCGCAUCUUCGCUGCUCGAGGCUACCAGGCUCUUUUUGUCAGCACACGCGGCACCCAUGGUUCAGAGGGAACGUUCGACCCAGGCAGCAACGAACAGGCCGAUAGCCAGGAUAUUGUCGCGUGGAUGCGCCAGCAGCCUUGGUAUCCUGGCUCCUUCGCGACCCUGAGCCAGUGGGCGCUUUUGCACAACCCGCCUGCCGAUUGCGUCGCAGCUGUUAUCCCAGUUGCGCCUCAUGAUCAGGCCUGGCAUGCCUGGGGGACCGGGUCCUUUCGACUUGAUCGCGUAGCCUGGAGCGACAUGAUGUCUAGGGCUGAUGACGAGAAGGGAAGCUUUCUCUCACGGCUGGCAAAUAUGCCGGGGUUGAGCAUUUUCCGAUCGUCGGAGCUUGAAGAGGCUGUGGCUGGCCUGCCACUGGAAACUAGCUUGCAGAAAUACUUCGGCGACAAGGCCCCAUGGCUCUUUGAGUACUUGAAACAUCCCAACGUUGAGGAUGACUACUGGAAGUCACGGCGACACCAUGUUGCUCUUGAGCGUGCGAAGAUCCCCAUCCUCCUAAUCAGCGGCUGGUACGACACAUUCACGUCGCAAACAAUGCACCAAUUUCAAUGUCUCUACGACCGAGGCGUAAAUGUAAGCCUCGUGGUCGGCCCCUGGACUCAUGUUCAAGGUUCGGGUCUAUAUUCCAUGCCCGAAAUACUAGCCUUCCUGGCUGAGAAUGUUGCGAAAACCGAGGAUGCGCGACCAGGUCGGAAGGAACCGGUAUCCAAUGCAUGUCGGGCCCGCAUCUUCAUCACAGGCUCCCAGGAAUGGCGCUCAAUGCCUACCUGGCCUCCAGACACUCGACCGAAGACCUUGUUUCUACAAGAAAACAACGGUAUUGGAGCAGAGCAUCCUGUGCAGGACACAAGCCCUGCUUCCUUUGUCUUCGACCCCCUGAGGCCAACCCCUAGCAUUGGAGGCAAUCGGAUGUCUUCUGGUGGACGCGUGGACGACAGCGCCUACGCAGACAGAUCAGACGUACUCGCCUUCACGAGCGAGCCUCUGUCUGAAGACCUCGAGGUCUUGGGUACCCCAUCGGUUUGUUUGAUGCACAGAAGCGACCCACCCAUUGCAGACCUUUUCAUAAGGCUCAGUGAGGUUGACGCCUGCGGCGUGUCCCACAAUAUAACUGAGCUAUAUCGGGCGCUUGACCCGUUGCGUGACAUGACUAAGCCACUGACCCUGAAUCUACAAGACUGUGCUCAUCGAUUUAAAGGUGGCACGCGUAUGAGGCUUAUUGUAGCGGGCGGUUCAUUCCCAAUGUAUGCAAGAAGUCUUGGAAUCGAGGACCGGCUGCGUGGUGAUAAGACUAUUCCUCAGAAGCAUACUAUCACUAUCGCUGGUGGAGUAUCGCAGCUUGUGCUGCCUGCUGCUUCUCUUGUUUGA